CAAAAUUCACCAAUUUUGUGACAGAAAAAAUAAAAGAACUGCACUACACUGGUGCUGAUCGAAGUACAUGAAUAGAACAUAAAAACUUUCAUCCGAAAAAUGAUUAAAAAAGUGCUAAUCUGGAAAUAACAAAAUUGAUAAAACAUUUUAACAAUACUCAACUUAAAAAAUGGCUGACAACUUUCAAGACAUUCUUUAUGAGAUUGUAAGCGGUUUACAAGAUGGAAUAUUAGGAACACUUAAGAUCCGAAAGUUAGGGAAAGCAGAGAGUGAAGAGAUAUUAAAGAAAGACCCAGAGCCAAUGACUACCUUGGCAAGACGGAGAGCAGAGCGCAAUAAAGACAAAGUCCAGCACAAGGAAAGAGAGCCAAAGAUUAUACAGAGGAUUAUAAUGUGCUGUGCUUGGAAUGGUGGUAUCUUUUUGAUGAGUAUCUUCUUGUUCAACCAUAUGCUGCUGCCCAUUGUUCAGCUAAUUAUAGCUGGCAUAUUUGGAGGGUCUGGGAAUAACAGUGUAUGGGGCUGGAUCGGACCCAUACUCUCCUGGACAUUCAGCGCCCUCUGGAUCCUGCCAAUAUUUGUCCUCAGCAAAGUCGUCAACAGUCUUUGGUUUCAGGAUAUAGCUGAUGCAGCAUACUUUCAGUAUAGGGGAAAACCAAAACAGUUCAACAUCAGCAGCCUGAUAGCUGACAUCAGCUUCAGCAUGCUGCUUCAGGCUUUCUUCCUCAUACAGGGCACUCUGUUCAUGUUCCUGCCGAUUCCUGCAGUGGGACAAAUCAUCGGACAUAUCCACAUGGCUCUACUCUACUCUCUGUAUGCAUUCGAGUACAAGUGGCUAAAUAUGGGUUGGGAGGUACACAAACGUUUGAGCCACAUUGAGAACUGCUGGCCGUAUUUCUUUGGGUUCGGCCUACCUAUGGCCGUAAUGACAUCUCUUCAUCCCUCCGUUGUCAUCAGUGGAUGUAUAUUUUCCAUUCUCUUCCCUGUGUUCAUCAUCAGUGCCAAUGAGGCUAUUGAACCUACAAGAGUGUGUUCAUUCCCUCUGAAGUUGUUUGCUCCAGUAGUUGCCCUCUCCAAUGCCAUUUUCAGUCGUGCCACUGCGGGUGGUUCAAACAUUUCGUCCCAAUCUAAACCAGCAGUGCCACCUACAGGGAGACCUAAGAAACGUGUAGGGAUAUCCCAAUACAGUCAAGAGUAUAGUUGAUACUGAUCUGGUCAUAUUUUGGCAAGGCUGUAUUUGAUAUGAGAAAACUUCAUAUUGAACCCUCUCUUGUGUCCUUACUCUUCACUGUGUGGGAUAAAAAGAAACUUCAGUGUGUGGAGGCGUGGAGGAGCUGUUGACCAGGAGAAAUCUAAAAUGGCAACCUUACGUGAUUAAAUGUGCCAUUGUUUGUAAUUCCUGUGUGACUUAGACUGGUCCCAUAAUGAGUUUACAUAUACUCAAUGUCACGUAAGAUCUCGAUAAAAUUAUAUAGAAACAAGAUUAGUUGUAAACGCCUUUGAUAUUAUUUUUAUCAUCCUCAAUGAAUGUAAUAUUAGGCAUUGUUGUAAAAGGGUACAGAAAAUUGUACUGGAAAAUUUCCCUAAUUUUCCCCUUGACACCAUGGUUCAUUAUACUGUGUUUUGACAUGACUAGGCAGUAUAUUAGUAUCAUAUUAGAUAUUAUGAUCAUCUCAUUACCCUACAUAAUUUACAUCCUGAGUGUAAUAUGUGUAUUGAUAACAUCAUUUAUUUGAUGAAUGUUAAUAAAGCAUUAUCAUUAUUAUUUUGUAUUUUCAACAUUUUUGUUAAACAACUAGUGUUUAUGAUAUAUUUGUGUCUCUUUGUUUGUGAAAAUAAAUGUUGAAGGAAAUUUUGAUACAAUAUUGACAGAUCCAGUUAAGCUGAGAGCCACAUUCAUGGUGCUUUAUGACAUAAUGCGGUUUUCAUCAAUUGAAUAGUUAAGUGCAUAUAAGGAUGAGUGUCAGGAAAUUACUUUCGAUAGUAAAACCAGUAGAAGACAAAAAAGAAAAGAAUAGAAAAUGUAAGGAUCCCAAUGUACAUAGGCAGCGUGCCAGUCUGUGUUCUAUUGGCGUCUCUAAGUGGCUUUGUCUGGCAGUAAAUAGCCAUUUUAGAACUGGUACAGACCAGGGGAAUCCGGCUGAAAUUGAAAUAAAGCGUUGCUAUGAUCGAAACUAUAGAAGCCUGACUAUAUUGAUGUUAUCGUACUGUCCACAUAAGUCGCCUCUUACUGUCCACAUAAGUCGCCUCAUACUGUCCACAUAGGUCGCUUCAUACUGUCCACAUAAGUCACUAUAUGCUGUCCACAUAAAGCGCGUCAUUAUGUUAACAUUAGUCACCUUGUAGUGUCAAUAUUAGUCGCCUCAGUGUUCACAUUAGGCGCCUCAUACUGUCCAGAUAAAAUGCUUCUAGUUUCCUCAUUAGUUGACUCACGCUACCUACAUAGGUCGCAUUUUAACUGUCCAAUUUUGCCACGUAAUGUCCACAUACAGUAAAUCAAACUGUUAACAUUAGUCGUCUAGUACUGCUCUCUCUGACAGCUUUAUAAUGUCGCAUUUGUGGCACCAUGUCCCUCAUAUUAGUCGCCUCAUACCCUCCACAUAAAACACCUUAUAAUGCCAUGUUGUUUUUUAAAAUGCAUUUAUGUCUAUUGUUUCCAAGAAAUACACUCGUUAACAACAAUGGUUUCAGUAAUAUGUACAUCAUUUAUGAAAUGUCGUCCUUUAAGCAAUGGAUGUUUUAGCAAAUGGUAUAUAGUCAUCAUUACUGACAGAUUUGAUGACCACCAAUCGUCUGUGCUAAUUGGUCAGGAGUAGUAUUGCAUGUAGUAAGUAUCACGUAUUAAAUAAAUGAAGAACUUUAAA